UUCUCUAGGAAGGGAGUUGACCUCCAACGUGUCGAUGUACAACAUUUUGAAACCUGAGUAUAAAUUGGAGAAGUUGCUGAAGAAAUAGAAGUGAUUGCUUCAGGCAGUGGGAGUGCUGUCAGUGCUUUACAGCAAGGGCCUUUUAGGAUUCAAUAAUCCUUUAAUAAUCCAACUUCUGCUAGCUGACUACAUGGAGAAUAAUUGCUUUAAUAUGACUCCACUUGGCCCCAGUGCUCACAACAAGUUGGGUACAGUGUGUAUUUUUGGUACUGGUGACUUUGGCCGGUCACUGGGGUUGAGAUUGCUGCAAGCUGGCUAUUCAGUAGUAUUUGGGAGUCGAAAUCCCCAGAACUCAAGCCUGCUUCCCAAAGGAACACAAGUGCUUAGCCAUUUGGAAGCUGCACAGACUUCCAGUAUCAUUUUCAUAGCAGUUCACCGAGAAAACUAUGAAUUCCUGUCAGCAUUUUCCCAAGAACUGUCAGGAAAAGUGUUGGUGGACAUCAGCAAUAACCUGAGGAAGAACCAGUACCCAGAGUCUAAUGCAGAGUAUCUGGCCAAGCUGCUACCUCAAUCCAAUGUGGUGAAGGCCUUUAAUACAGUCUCUGCAUGGGCACUGCAGUCUGGCAGCCUGGACGCAAGCAGGCAGGUUUGUGUUUGUGGAGACAAUUGUGAAUCAAAGCAAAUGGUCAUGGACAUUGCACGGAGUCUCGGACUCACAGCUCUAGACCAAGGGUCUCUUCUGGCAGCCAAGGAACUAGAAAACUACCCCCUGCAGCUGUUUCCUCUGUGGAGACUGCCCAUGUACAUUGCCACAGGGCUGACUGCAGCUUUCUUUAUCUACUGUGUGCUCACUGAAAUAGUCUACACCUUUGUCACUGAGGGAAAAGAUCAUUCUUUCCGGAUUGUGGUUUCUAUUGCUAACCGCGUUUUCCCAAUUGUGUCUCUGAUUAUGCUAGCUUUGUGCUACCUGCCAGGUGUGAUUGCUGCUAUCUUGCAGCUUUACAAUGGCACAAAAUAUAAGCGUUUCCCUGACUGGCUCGACAAGUGGAUGCUCUGCAGAAAGCAGCUCGGGCUGGUAGCCUUGGCUUUGGCUUUUCUUCAUGUCCUGUACUCAUUGGUCAUUCCAUUAAGAUACUAUGCUAGUUACCACAGACACAUCUACACAAUUUCCCAGCUCAAGGAUAACAAGUCACUGACGUUUGACAAUAUCAUGGCCUGGCGUAAUGAUUCCUUCUAUUCCCUGGGGAUUCUGGGAUUCGGUCUGUAUGUACUAUUGGGAUUAACAUCUCUUCCAUCAGUCAGUAACAUGGUCAACUGGAGGGAAUUUCGCUUCGUUCAGUCCAAACUUGGCCACAUCACUCUCCUGCUGUGCACAGCUCAUACUCUUGUCUAUGGUUGGAACGCAUUCCUUUAUGUGUCUAGCUACAGGUGGUACCUCCCCCCUGCCUAUGUGCUUUCACUCAUUGUUCCCUGCAUUGUGUUGGUCCUCAAGCUCAUCCUUAUAACUCCGUGUGUGGACAGAGUCAUCACAAGGAUCAGACAAGGCUGGGAAAGAAAGCCAGCACAUGCUCCACAUGAUACAACUGGGCAAACCCUUGCUUUAUAAAUGCAUGAUAUCUGCCCUGUUACCAAAGUCAUGUGGAAGUAUUUGUCAUGAAUUUGUACUUUAUAACUUUUAUUCUGACUGAAGUAUAUGUUUAGAAGCACAGUGGAAACCACAACUUUAUGGAUCCGUUAUCAAUGCCAGUUUUAAAAUACUGUUAACUCUAUUAAGUGUAAUAGUCUGGCUGAAACAUUUGUGUUGUUCUCUACUUCUGUUUAAUGCAAUUUAUGUACAUUUUCAGAAAUGCACCUGUUUUUUUUUUUUUUGAUUCUGUAAAGAUAUUUCUGAUAGUCAUCAAUAUGAAUUGUUUUCAGUGAGUACAAAAAAAGGUUAAAAAAUAACUAAAUCAUUUUAACACAGCAGCUAUUUGUAAAGCGUGGAAUUAAAAUGAAUGUCUUCAGAGUAUAAUUAGCCAUGGAUACAUAUAAACAGGAAAUAACUCAAGCUUCUGGCUUUCAACAGUACUAUCAUACAGUACAUUAGUACACAAUCCUUCAUGUACGACACCAUGUGCAUUUUAGUGCUUUUUACUGUUUAAUAUGUUACAUUUAUGUGAAAUGCAAACACAUUUGAUUUACACGUAUUAAUUUACAUUAAUCAUUUAUAGUAUAUUAUUCUGAAAUAUUUAUUAUUUCCAGCAUUACUCAUUAUGAUUUACAUCCUUUCUAACAAAAACCCAUAAAUAAUGACGCAGGUAGCACUUCUUGAUUAUUUAAUUUAUGCCACCUUUUUUGUAUUAGUAUAGCAGUAGACCACAUUCAAUAAAUAAUUACAUUUGUUUUCUACCCAGGCUUUUUAUAUUUUCAUAUAUUUUCAAAUAUAAUAUUAUAUGGCAGAGCUUAACAUGAAAAUCUCUUGGGGUCCAAUUCCCUGUACAUGUUGAUCCACCCACAGAUAGCACAAACAGCCUUGCAAGUUAUUUGAGUAAGGCAAUGCAUACAGAUUGAUUAACAUGCUGCUCUUACAGUUUGAGACUCAACAACAAUUUCUUUAGACAGCUUAUGUUUUAAGAAACUACAUUUUAAGAUUUAUAACCUGCAGAUGAAUUUAGCAGGGGCAACAUUUCAGAUAUCAAUGGUGGUGGGGGGGUGACUUUAAUUUUAAUAUUAUAAAGGUUAAAUGUGCGUCUGCUGGUACAAUAAUUAAGCCCUGCUGGUUGUGUGACUCUGAGUUGUGUGUGCAGUGCACUGCGCCUUUUUACAUUGCUUUUGAACACAAACGAUAAUAGACCAAUCAGCACUGACCUGUCACAACAGGGGCGCAUAUUUGAUAAAUCGCACGGUUGCAGUCUCACGAGUGUCGGUUAGUAGUUGGAAUGCAUUAUAAGCUUGUAUACAGUAUAACAGUUAUUGAAAAUGUCACAAAAUAGAAUAUCAGGUUUGUUUGGAAAAUUCUCAGCGGUACCACAUGCACAAAUGCUGCUAAUGCUUCGUGGAGCAUUACUAAAAACACACAGUGACAUUCUAGACAUGUUAGAUCUCCAUUCCCUCAUGAACAAAAUCAUUAACAUGACACCGUUCAACCUUGGAGCCUUCUGACUGUCCUCGUCUACAACUAGUGCAACUAAAAUACAACAGUUCGGCCUGCUUUUAAAUGGCAGUAUUUAAGUGAAUCGUAACAGUAUAAGCUACUUUUCAAUUUGUUUGCUCUACACGUUUUAUGUUAAGCAUGUUGUAAACAUUGUAGGAAGGACUGUGGUUAAAGAUGUUUUUGCUUCAAUAGAUAAACAGGUGUUGAUGCUGCUUCAUUUCAUUAACACGUUUUAACAUAAAAGCAACAGAAUAAACUAGGGCAUGCAAACAUUUUCCCGCUUUUGAUAGGCGGAAGCUUGAGUUAGGGCAUUGUGGGACUAGGAUCCACAGGCUAUUGCUCCCCCUGCCCUAUCUAAAUGGUGCUCUUGAAACACACAAAGAAGUAAAGGAGAUUGUGGUUAAUGGCCAUGAUUGUUAUUAGGUUUGCUCUUUUUUGUUGUUUGUUUGUUUUAACAGACCAAAGCAGAAGUACUCAUUUAUUUACUAGUACUGUAUUUUCACUGACAUUUUUAGACAUUCAUGAAUUCAUUUUACAACAGAACUGAAAAAUAUAUUCUUUCAUGUUUACCUCUUGUUUUAUAGUUUUGUACCAUUUUAGGCUUCAACAGUUAUAUAGCUAUUAAUAUAGAUAUUAAUCACGUUGAUGCAUGUUUGUUACAACGGGGCAAAAGAGUAAAUUACUUAAGUAGAAAAACAUAUUUCUCAUUAUAUCUAAUUUUGUAACCUGGUUUUUACCUUCUGAAAAAAAUGUAAGUAAUUUUAACUGUGGAGUCAUUUUUGAGUUAUAUAAUGAAAACUAUGUGAUACCAUUUUUAUCGAAUUCUGUAUAUAUGUGGGGGAAAAAUUUUAUCACAAAUAAAUACAGCCAUUUUAUCACAAAUAAAUACAUUUUUCAACUUUAUGGGUACAGCCAUGAUCUUUCAUUCCAACUGCAUGAUAGUAUUGUACAGUCAUUAACCACAUCUGCCACAGUGCUAGACAUUACUCUUUAGGGAACAAAUAAUAAUGUUCAUACUAGUGAUAUCAUUACCUCCUCGAAUUCAGUUCCUAAUGGUUUGUUUUAAUGCAUUCUUUUAAUGUAUAGUUAAUACAAUUCUAUAAACAGGAGAUCAGCCAGUGUUCACUUUAAUGAUCCAUUUCAGAACAAGCUGUAAUAAUUUAUAGGUGCUGCUGUAUUAAUAGUUUCUUGCAUUUCUAGUUGAAAGCCUCCAUGUACAUGUCUUGAAUAUUUGUUUUUGAAAGUUGACAUAAACUGCAACUGUAGAACAGCCCAAUACCAUCAUUUAUGAUAUAUUCUAAGGUGAUUACAAGUUAUGUUGCAAUAUUAAUUCAGUUUCAGUUCCAGUUCUGGAUGAUGUAUUCACCAUCAUGAGUACAAUCCUUCAUGGUUUUCUUUUCAAGUGCCAUUUUGUAUGAAGGAUUUGUCACAUAUGGUUGUUCACAAACGUUAUCUGGUGUUGUUUGAGUUGUGUUGAGAGCAGCAAUUAGAUUUACUCCAAGCAAAUCCAAGAAAAGGCAAUCCAUGCCAAUUUUAAUUCUAUUGAACCUAGGAUCUGUAGAGUAUGAACUAGUACCAUUAUUGUCUGGUCGUUAUUAUUUCACCUGAUCUUGUCUAAACUGUAAACAGAUAUAAUUUAAGUACAACAUGUGUGUAUUUCUGAAAAGUUUGAGUUCUAAUUUACAGAAUUUGAGCAGCAGAACCCCAGGGUAAUAUUAAAAAUACACCAUUUCUUAUUAUACCGUGUAUUUGUAAUUAUGGUACUAUUGAAGCUGAUCAAGCAAACUUUCCUUGGGGCUUUCUAUUUAAAUCCAAUUACAAAAAUGAAUUCAUGUUAAAUCAACAGAAAAGAAAAUGGAAAAUCGUAUUGUUUAAUAAACUUGUCUUUGCUUUGUUAUUUUAGUUAUGCUUUUAAUUGCAGAACCUGAUUUUUAGAUUUGUUUAUUCUUUAUAAAGGUUAAUUUAUUGUGAAAUAAGUAAUUGAACACACAUAUCCAUGCUUUCAUUUCCACCCCUAGCAUUUCAUUGUGAAAAACUUAUGUCAGUAACAUCCCUCGCCACAGUUGGAAAUCAUAGUGAGAUAUUAUAGCAGCACGACGGUACUACUAUAGUUAGGCUUUAACUUUGUUUCCAUGUUAACCCUUUCCAAACUGGGUUUUUUUUUGUGGAUUUUUUAAAGAAAAUGCGCCAACUUGAUUUUUGUAUUUUUUUUAAUUUAGUAGUCAGCAAUUGUUUUUUUUUAUCAUUUUCUCCACAAUUUGGAAAAGCAAAUUACUAUUUUAUCACCGCUACGACCCCCGCGCUAUCUCGGGAGUGGUGAAUAGGAACAGAAGCUGUCCUCCGACGCGUGUGCCGUCAGCCGACCGCUUCUUUUACACACUGCAGGCCCACCAUGCAGCCACCUCAGAGCUACAGCGUCGGAGGACAACGCAGCUCUGGGCAGCUAACAGGCAAGCCUGCAGACCACAGGAGGCGCUGGUGCGCAGUGGUCUGAGGACACCAUGGUCAACCUAUACUGAUGUCACUGAUCAGAACCCCUAUUGCAGAAGCUGCACUGCCGAAACACUGCCUUGUUCUCUUUGGAGAGCAUGAGGCUUAGGAAUUGGUGAGCCUCACCAGAUGUCCCGAGGUGCUUGGCCUAUCUCCCUGAUCACCUGCACUGGGGUCUGCACUGUCAGGCAUGGUCAAUCAGAAAGUAUGGUGAAGCGGCUAAAGCCACAUUCUCAACCGGCAAAUAAAAAAAAAAUACAGUAAAGUAAAGUACAGUAAAUGCGUAGCAUAAGCAUGGGAGAAGCAUGCAAAAUUAUUGUGCAAAUUUAUGAUCAACUUUGUGAUCAACUUUUAUAAGGGUAGUGUUAUUUGCUUCUUAGUAAAACGAAACAACAACAUAAGCUGCAAAUAAAAUAUCUAUUGCUCAAACAUUAUAACUCGACUAAUAAACAGCACCCUUGUACCUAAAAUGUCUGUUGUAUAAGCAUUACUACUAAAAAUCAGGCUAAAAAAGCAAAAAAUAAAAAAUGUGAACAUUGCUUUUUAAAGAAAAUCAUCUACCUAAAUAACUAUCGAUAAAUGAUCGCUAAUGUAAUAUGUCCUGGCAUAUUAGUAAGGGCUAUGUGAGCAAGAACAUAAAUAAAGGAACAGAUAUAAAAUCGAAUAAUGAAUGGUCUUACCUUCCGGGUCUACAGAGAAAAUAAGAUCCAAAAGCUCUUCUUCCUCUAAAUCAGGAUCCUCCAACCUACUGGAAUAACAAAACUACCCCCAUUCUCCAAAACUAACUGCAACGCAGCCUGUGCAACUACCUUGUGAGAUCACUUGUUGAAUUUCACUUUACAAAAGUAGUUCUCUCUGUUUUCAUUCCUAACUAAAAUUGACAGGUUACGGAUGUAACCUUGGUUCCCUGAAAGAGAAGACGAACACCAACUCAUACCUUUGGGAUAUGCCUGCACAGGUCAGGUAUUCACUGAGCAUUUUAUGUCAAAGCUGCCGAUAAGCCCCUGGAGUGAUGUUCUUGGUCCCACCUCACCGAGGUAAUAAAUAGUCACCACACGGAACUUGUUCUCUUUUGCAUGUGAAUGUGAAUGAUGUGACCUCACAAGGUUUGGUGGUUGUCUUCUCUUUCAGGGAACUGGGGUUACAUCCUUAACCUAUUGUUCUCUUUCAAUUCGAUGAUGACCACCAGCCAAUACCUUUGGGAAGGUGUACAAAAGCCGUCGUGAUGGAGUAUGAGCGGGCAGCUUACGAGGGAAGUCUCACUAUCGCCAACUAGUGUUGAUGGUGUGAGCGUGCAACCUCAAGGACCCCUGUGCCUAAUAAAGGCAUAGAGGG